CCUUCACUUUGUUCAUCAUCUCUCUCUCUCUCUCUCUCUCGUUCUCGUUGCCACGCCUGCCUGGGCGACCGUCGCCGCUCUACACCAGGCGUCCAGGUCUUCUUCGCCGGCGCCGAGCAGCCACCAGCCCUGCUCAACAAUCAUCUCUGUCAAGGGCAUGGGCAUGGACCACAUGAUGAGGCUUGGCGCCGGAGUCGCCCACCAGAUCUCCAGGGCUGAACCAAUGCCUGACCGAAGGUCAAGGUUUUGGCAGACGGAUGUGCCGCCUGCGCCUCGGAUAGACAUCAUCUGCCCUCUGCCUUGUCGCCCUUCCCGCCCACAGCUCCUCAAUAGGCCCAGCCCCAAGUCUAAUGGGGCACUCCCAUUGUAUAGAGCAGACCCCACUUGUGAUAUCGUUGAUCUCAUCCUUAACAAGAAUGACCCUGAUGUGGAUACUGAUUCAAGCAGCCAGGUGGCCUUUUUCUGUGGCUCACCUCCUGCACGCACUAACAACCCUGUUAUCAAUGACCCACAGUUUGGAAAGAAAACACCAUCCUUUUCUCCUCUAGGAAGCUCUUUCGGAAAAAUAGCAGCUGGAAGAGUUGAAGUAGGUUCUCCGACCUGCGGGGCCAGUAGCCCGAAAGUAAGAAUUGAAGGUUUUGCUUGCGGGAACAAAGAGCCCCCUCACUGUGCAGUUACAUUUGCCUGAUGAUCCCCAUUGACCCUACCUAACCCAACCCUGUUUUGCUACCCCGCAACCUGUACAUUUUCGCUGCCCAGCUGAGGAUAUAUAACUAGUUUCUUUCGUUAUAAGCUGCUAGCUGCUCAUUGAAGAGUCGAGUCGGAGUCGAGUCAGAGCGUUUGGUGCCCCUUGUGAUUGUGGCUUUUGUAACUGCAUGAUCGAAGGGAGCAUGGCUCUCGGAUGUAAAUAUAGAUCGAGGUGUCCGGUGUAUGUACUAGAUGUUGUAUGUGUCUGCUAAAUGUAGUAAAAGGUUGGGUGGGUCCAUGUGUCGGUGUCUGUAAAUACCGUCAUGCAUUUGGAUGUAAAUUGAAAUGCAUCUUCAGUUAUGUUGCCAUGGUGUUCA